AUUGAUGAUUUUGUUUGUGCCAAAGAGAAUUUAAACACUACGUUCAGUUUGUGUUAUGCAUACGGGAUACGCUAUCAGCGAGUGAUCACUUGAUCAGCGAUGGUGAAUAAUUGAAUGUUGUGCAAAAUAUGUACCGUAGAUUCUAAGCAUAUAUUUUGCCCAAGUACUCGUGUAUUUUUAAAAAUUGUAAUACCUUUAAACGCACAUAUGGUUUUUAAACUUCAGUAUUUAGUUUGAAACAAAAUGGAUGAUGAUACAAGCUCUGACAUUCAGAAGUCCUUAACAGAUGCAGCCAUGGACACAGAAGAUGUUCCAUUGAUAAAUGAAAAUUCUAACGGCUUAUCACAUUUGUUGACCGAUGGAGAAUUCAACAGCGUUGAUGCAGCAGUUGUUGACGAUUCUUCUGCAUCGAACCAAGGCUUUCUCAACGCUGCAGAACUAUCAGCUAGCAGCGUCGGCGAUUAUUUAGAUCGAAAUACUGGUUUCAAUACAGAUUCCUUUGACGUUGGCGACAAUGCAGUGAAUUAUCCCAACGAUUCCCUUAGCAAUGCGCUUUCAGAUGGUGAUUCGCGACAAAGUCCUACGUUUAAAACUUCAGAUGCAGAUCUCUCGGAAAGUAAUUCAAAAAUACAAAAUGACUGUGACUCUUCCAAUGAAGCGGCUACACAAAAAACUAUGGAUGAAGAUAAUUCAUUGAUUGCAAUUAAUGAAGAGAGCAUGACUUCCAAUGAAAGAAUGGUUAUUAACAACAUUAUUGAUGACAAUGAAAAUGAUGAAAAAAGAGAAGCCGAGAGAGCCAUGGAGUCUGAUAUGCCAGAUAUUGAUGAAGAGAAGUUAACAGACACUAAUAAAACAAUAGAAUUGGAACAAACUAAGGAAGGUGGUAAGGACAAUGAGUCUGACAAAGAUAAUACUGAAUCUAUAAUUAAAAAUAAAAACAAUAAAGAUUCACAGGAGAAACAACCAACAAGUCUAAAAGUAAAUGUUCAAAGUUCAGAAUCAAACGGAUCAACAAAGAAAGAUACAGUUAAGGUUGGUGGAGCUGAAGAAACAGAAGUAGUCUCUGAAGAUGAAUUGCCAGCAGUUGAGAAGCCCAGUGUGAAAGAUGCAGAAAAUGUGUCCGAUGAUGAGUUACCAGGGCCCAAGCCAGCAGAGUUGCCUGCAGACACUGAGGUUGUCUCUGAAGAUGAGUUACCAACAUCAAAGAAGGAAAGCCGUAAACGAAAACCAGAGGAAGGUGAUGAUUAUGACCCUGAGUCACCAACUACCGAGAAAAAACAGGCAGUGGCAAAGAAUGGAGAGAGCAAACCUGUACCUUCUGAAAAGAGGCCCUCAACAGAAGAAAAACCAAAGAAAAAGGCAUUACCUGAGCUUGAGAAGUACUGGAAAGUGGUCAAUGAUGACCCAACAGAUUUUACUGGAUGGACAUAUCUACUGCAGUAUGUAGAUCAAGAGAAUGAUGUGGAAGCUGCCCGGGAGGCUUAUGACGCAUUUUUGUCACAUUACCCAUAUUGUUAUGGCUAUUGGAGGAAAUAUGCCGAUUAUGAGAAACGCAAAGGAAGUAAAAAGAAGUGCCUUGAAGUAUUAGAGAGAGGUCUCAAAGCUAUACCUCUGUCAGUGGAUCUAUGGAUCCAUUAUCUAAAUCAUAUAAAAUCCACUCGAACUGAAGAUCAUAUUUAUAUAAGAUCUCAGUAUGAGAGAGCUGUGGAGGCCUGUGGAUUGGAGUUCCGUUCAGAUCGGUUGUGGGAGUCAUACAUAAAAUGGGAAGCAGAGAAUUCGUCUGCAUUGAAUGUUACAAAUAUUUAUGAUCGUUUGCUGGCAACACCUACACUGGGAUACACAUCACACUUUGAUAAUUUCCAAGAGCAUGUGAUGUCAGAGCCUGUCACGGGAGUGAUAUCGAAGGAGGAGCUCAUUCGUCUCCGCGCUGAGGUGCGCGAAGUGACCGGUACUGUGCCGCAGUUAGACCUGCCGCCCGGAGAAGAUGAGCCGCUUGACCAUGUUGCUUCUGACGAGGAGACUCAAGCUAUUAAGGAACGUAUCAUCGCAGCGCGGAGGAAGGUGCACAAGGUUACAGGGGAACAGGUGGCUGCUCGAUGGACCUUUGAGGAAGGGAUCAAGCGUCCAUACUUCCACGUGAAGCCACUGGAGCGAUGCCAACUUAAGAACUGGAAGGCAUACCUGGAGUGGGAGAAACAUAACGGCUCGCUGAAACGGGCGCUUGUUUUGCACGAACGUUGUCUGAUCGCAUGUGCGCUAUACGAAGAGUUUUGGCUGAGACUAAUAAAGUUCCUGCAAGAAAAGUCCGCAAGUCACCCCGAGCUGGUGAAUGUGGAGAGAGAGGUUCUGGAGCGCGCGUGCACCGUGCACCACGCCGACAAGCCCGAACUGCACCUGCUGUGGGCGCACUUCGAGGAGGCCCACGACAAUGCGGCCAAGGCGUCUGACAUCCUGGAGAAGAUCGAGAAGACGUGCCCCAACAUGUUGCAGAUACAGUACAGGCGAGUGAACUUAGAGAGACGGCGCGGCGACUACGACAAGUGCAUACAACUGUACGAAGGAUACAUCGCGGCGACCAAGAACAAGGCGAUCGCGUCCGCGCUGGCCAUCAAGUACGCGAGGUUCCUGUUCCACGCGCGGAGGGACCCGCCUGCCGCCAGGAAGGUCCUGGAUGAGGCCGUGGCCAAGGACCCGCUGAACCAACGGCUGUACAUGCAGCGGUUGGAUCUGGCGAUACAUACGCCGGGCACGCCUUACGAACAACUCGAAGAGUUGGUGCGCGCGUACGAGAGCGUGGAGGGUGCGGAGCUGGACGCGUGCGCCAAGUUCGCGUGGCGCUGGCGCGAGCUGGCCGAGGAGUUGGGCGGGGCGAGGGCCGCGCGCGAGGCCGCGGGGCACGCGCGCCGCCUGGCCUCGCGCCUGCGCAAGAGGGUGCGCAAGGACAAGGCCGACGAGCCGCCGCCCGCGCCGCCAGCUGCGGAAGUGAAGAAGAAUCAGACGACAACUGCAGCGAACACUACGACGACCAACAGCGCCGCGUACUACCAGGGCUCCGGCGGCGGCGGCCCGGGCUACGAGCAGCAGUCGUACUCGCAGCCCUACCAGCCGCCCUGGGGCUACCAGCAGCCGCCGGCGCCCUACCAGCACCACGCGCCCUGGCCGCAGUACCCCAACUACUACUAGCGCACCACGGAGCACCCGUCGCGCCGGCUCAUCCCACGAGUCAAUCCGUAUCGGAUCUGUACCACCCACCACGCCGUCACACCCACCCGCGAGUUAAGGUGCGCGACCACUAGAUCCGUAUCGGAUUUGUAUCGCCCGUGCGUGACUGACGUGUACAUUCGUAUCGGACUGAAUUAUGAACAGCCAAAAGCGGUAAAACGGAAUAGAAUCGCCUGUAGGUAUGUCACUUUUUCGACUGAUAUCAGUCGUAACUCGCCCUAGAAUAAUAUAUAUAUAUAUGUGUGUUUGGUAUACUAUUACCCAGGUAGAAUCACAAUUUUUCGAUAAGAAAUUUUUAAAAUGACAUACAUCCAUUUCGUCGGGUGUUCAGCAGAAUGCAAAGAAUUCUAAAAAAAUACCCAGAUAUUCCAUAAAGUCAAGUCAAAUGAAACACGUUUAUUUUCUUGUUACCCGUUUUUAUUGACUUAUAAGGCAGGACGACUUGUGCAUCCACCACGACAUUUUCAUUCGUUAUAAUUCUAAGUAGAUUAAGAAAAAUUGUUUUAUUGCAAAAAUAAUGUUUUUUUUUCGUAAAUAGUAGAUAUGUAAUGACAUUGUUGAUGAGGAAUCCUUAUUUUGUCAUCCUGUCUAUUGUUUUCAGGCAUAUUGGUAGUAUGUAGACUAUGUGCGAUGUUAUUGAUAUAUAGCCUUUAAUACUACAAAACCUUGCCUAUUAACGUUUACAUAUUUAUCUCAAUAAUUAACUUACUAUGGACUGCUCAAGAAAUACCUUAGUGGAUUUGUGACUGUAUUCCGCUGCAAUGGACGCGUACCCUUCACUGUAUUGAGGUCUUAUUUUUCUUCAAAAUCAUAAUAAGUUAUAUACUUGCUUCUACAAUUAAGACACACGCAAACUAACACCUUUGUUAGUUUGCGUGUAACCUGCAGGAGAUCAUAAAUGUUCUUAAAAUUACAAAUUUAUAUCACAUACAUUCUAGUUGUUAAUGUAAGCGGUUGCAUAAAUAAUUUUAAAUAGUCAAUUUAUUAUAGAUAAUUAUCGUAACAAUUGUAUAAUGUUUUUCAAUAAUUGUAUGCUUAGAUCAUUUAUACGUCUAGAUAGACUGUAACAGUCGAAAAAAAAAAUUCAGGUUGACAGUUAACCUUUAUUUUGAGUAAGGCACGCACACUAACACAAUGUUACAUACAAAUCGCGAGUAUAAGACGUAGCUUGUCAUGCACACUAAAGAAAUAGGGCUGGCCUGUUUUCAUCAGUUGUCUAGCAGAGCAAGAGGCUCCACGCAGACGUAUAAAAUAUCUAAGUUUGUAACAUGUCAUAGUUUAUAUUAUGAAGAUCAAAGGUAUAUUGACUACCUUGCAACAGAUACUUCUCAAUAAAAUUAAAAACACGAUUCAUGUUGCAAAUUUUCAAGGCAGGGGGGACGUGGCGGCUCUAGUUAAGAUGAACGUAACGCGCGCUAAUUUAGGUAUCUUCUUAUUAUUAAACUCAUAUACAUAUUUUGGAAUUAUAUUAUGUAGGUAGGUAAUCGUUAUCAUAAAACAUAUAGUUAUAUUAUUAUAUUAAAAUUUAUGAGUAUUUAAGCCGUACUAAGGGUUAUAUUUUUAGUACUCUUGAUAUCCAUCAUAUAAAAACCGAAUAACCCGCAGGGCCUUAGCUUUAGUUGACCGAUGUCUAAAUAAAAUAAUAUGAUUUAGAAUUGAGUGAAAAUUUUUGUAAUACGACCUUAUUACUAAAAAGACGAAAUAAAUAUAUUAAAUUUCAGCUAAACAUUUUAUAUGUUAGUAUGUAUAGGUUUCGUUUUGUUUUGAACAUCAAUAUGGGUUGUAUAUUAGAAGUACAGAAGAAAAAAAAGGUGAUGCAUUACUUGCAAAUGAUUAAUUAAUAUGUUCUUUAAUAUAGUGCGUGUACUAUUGAAUAUUUAACAAUUUCUAUGUUGUGAUUUACAUAAUAAAGGAAUAAUUUCUAAA